AUGGAACCUAUUACCCUUGAGAUUCCUAGUGGAGAAGAUAUUGCGGAGAGUAUAAUCAAUUAUGCACGGCACCGCCAAGUCAGCUUAACAGUGUUGAGUGGCUUCGGCCCUAUUUCAAGCGUCACCCUUGCCCCAAAUUUAUCCAUGGAAGGACCAUUUCAGAUGACAUCGCUAUACGGAACGUAUAUCAAUGCUGAUUGUGAUGAUGUUCCCCCACGGUUCAUCGCUAAUCCACCACAUUCAUCAUUUUCAGUUGUCUUCACUGACAAUGAUGGAAAGGUGUUUGGAGGAAUUGUUGGAGGGGAAGUUAUUGCUGCUGACGUAGUUUACGUUAACGUUGUUAUUGUCAAUGGUUUUGACUUUGAUGUUGUGGAUGAUGAUGGUUCAACUCAGAGUGAUAGCGACUAG